AUGCAUCGAGCAGCCUCUCACGUGUUGCAAACGGCACGUAGUCCCUCUCUUCAUAACCUCGGGCGGAACCAUCUCGCUCCUUUUACACCUAGCUAUGCAGUAGCGCUGCGGACCAUCUCCUCUACUGCCUUUACUCCUGCUACGGUCCAGUCCUCCAUGCACCUGCGGAACUUUUCUCUGGCUUGUAUUUCGACCUUAGUGGCAUCCGGCGCCUGGUACGCUUACAAAGGGGGCCAGCACUCUGGCGCUGUCACAAACCCUCUAAGCUCGAGCACCAGUCUUGUAUCACCCACGGGGAUUCAAUCUCGGGGAAUUUCUUCAAGAGAUUCAACGAACUUCGCUCCAGAGGAAACUGCCAUAACUACACGCCGUGCCCUUUUGGUGGAGAAUGAUCAAUUCUAUGCUAGCAAUAUUGUUGGCACUCGACCCCUCUCCAAGGAAACAGACUGUUCUGGAAGAAAAGUUCUAGAGAUGUUAACCCCCGAGCAAGCGACUCAGAAACUCAGGCGGAAUGAGGAGUCUUAUCUCGUUGGUCGUGGAAGAGGUGUCGUUCGCUAUGAUGUUGUUCAAUUGCCCAGUAACGACCCUAUCGAAGACGACCAUGCAGAGAAGAUCGUAGAAGUGCCACAAUCAGUCUCUGCUUCUGAUCAUGGCAGUGCCGAAAGCAGUGAUUGGAUGUUCUGGGGCGUAUUUGACGGUCAUUCAGGAUGGACUACGUCCGCAAAAUUGCGCCAGGCCUUGAUAUCCUUUGUUGCGCGCGAAUUGAAUGCUACUUAUAAAGCCGCUGCAGCAGAUCCAUCCAAGAUAUUACCAUCACCGGAAGCCGUCAAUGCUGCGAUGAAAAAUGGCUUUGUCCGACUCGAUCACGAAAUUGUUCAUGAAAGCGUCAACAAGGUUAUGAAAUCAAACUCGAAGCGUGUUGCAGCAGAGCUUCUCGCGCCUGCACUGUCUGGAUCUUGUGCUCUUCUUGCCUUCUAUGACAGCAGAUCUAAUUUGUUACGAGUUGCCUGCACCGGAGAUUCGAGAGCAGUACUUGGUCGCAGGUCACCAAGCGGGAAAUGGGUCGCAAGUCCACUUUCAGAGGAUCAAACAGGUUCAACUAAAUCAGAAGUCGAACGUCUACGUCGGGAGCAUCCCGACGAACCAAACGUUGUCCGCAAUGAUAGAAUAUUAGGUAACCUUGAACCUAGUCGUGCAUUUGGUGACGCAUUCUACAAAUGGACACGUGAAACGCAGGAUAAAAUCAAGCGCCACUUUUUUGGAAGGACACCACAUCAUCUUUUGAAAACUCCGCCGUAUGUGACAGCUGAACCCAUUAUCACAACUACGGCUAUUGAACCUUGCAACGGUGACUUUGUCGUCUUGGCUACGGACGGCUUAUGGGAGAUGCUCACCAACGAGGAAGUUGUCGGGCUUGUGGGACAAUGGCUAGAACACCAACACUCCCUUGCCUCAGACGGAGGUGCUAAAGAGUGGUUGCAAAACUGGUUCCGCUCUGGGUCGAACUUACCUGUAGAGCAAGCUGUGACGGAUAAAGCGAGUGGCCAACGACUCCCUAUCCGACAACAGCAAUGGGACAUCCGCCCUAACAGCAAGCGAUUUAUCGUAGAGGACAAGAACGCAGCUACUCAUUUGAUCCGCAACGCGUUAGGGGGGAAAGAUCGGGAUAUGGUCUGUGCAUUGCUUACUCUUCCAAGCCCAUACUCUAGAAGAUAUAGAGAUGAUCUUACGGUCGAAGUCAUCUUUUUUGGUGAAGGCCCCGGCACUGGUGAUGUGACGUUAAACACCGAGGCCAGCGCCACGGCAGCUGAGGCGAGACCCAAGCUCUAG